AUGUCGUCUAAGUACAGCAAACUCGCAGGAAAGCAUGUCCUCGUUAUUGGCGGCUCGACAGGUAUCGGUCUCGGUGUAGCAGAAGCCGCCCUUGAAGCCGGCGCCAGCGUGACCAUCUCUUCCUCCUCUUCUGCCAAGCUCUCGAAAGCCGUCGCAAGCCUGAAAUCCACGCUUUCUCCAUCUUCCCAGCAAAAAAUACAAAGUUUCACAGCAGAUCUCUCUGGAGAAGGGGCCGAGGCGAGUUUGGACGCCGUUUUCAAGCAAGCCGGGUCAGUGGACCACGUUGUCUUUACGGCUGCCGACUCUCUUUCACUGAUGAUGCUUCAAGAUCUCACUCCGGACAAGAUUCUCUCCGCAUGCCAGAUGCGCCUCGUUGCACCUUUAAUGGCGAUUAAAGUCGCGGCGCGCUAUCUUCCAAAGACAAACGAGUCGUCUUUUACCAUCACCAGCGGGAGCGCAGCUCAUAAAUCUACACCAGGCUGGUCUGUCGUAUCGUUUUUUACUGCCGGGCUGCAGGGCAUGGUUAAGCAACUGGCGGUAGAGCUUGAGCCUUUACGGGUUAAUGCUGUCGCCCCUGGGUUUGUGGAUACUGGGCUUUGGGACCAUGUGACUACUGAAGAGAAAGCGAAUAUGGUCAAAGGAGUCGAAGAGUCAAUGCCGACUGGCCAGUUUGGGAGAGUUGAGGAUGUGGUGGAGGCAUAUCUUUGGUUGCUAAAAGAUAGGAACGUUACAGGGACAGUUGCCGCGACUGAUAGCGGCUGCUUGGUAGUGUAG